AUGAAUGAUUAUUCACUGCUCUUGCUUCAUCAUUCUUUUGCUCAUGAGUAUCUUCCGCAGACGCUUCUCCAGAAAGUGGUUAAGGUUCAUGAAACUGCACACCACAGCAAGUUUCACCAAUCACCAUUGUUUUUCUCUGACAUCGAAUGCUUCAGGUUACCAGAGUCAUAUGGGACACUGCAAAGGGAUGCACCUCCGGUCCAGCUUUUACCUCACAAUCCCGAACCACCAGCUACAACCACGGCUACUGGUGAUGCUACCGCUUUUCCUGAGCAACCUAAGCAGCACAAUGUCGGUUUAGUUCAGGCUGCUAAGCAGCACUUCCAUUGUCAGAAGGAGGUGAAGAAGCUGAAUUAA